CCCGGGCACAAAGCUGCCGGAGGCCGGGGACUGUCUCCACCGUCCUGCCCGCCCUGUGCGCGCCGCGUCAGCCUUGUCUCAGUGUGUUGCUGUGGGUGUCGUUGCCGUGUGAAAGACGAGAACUGAAUCCAGGACCUCCUGUAAUGCAUGAACUGUACCCGGCUCAGUGACAUGAGUGAGCGGCUGACCAUGUUGGAGGCCAAGGACCUCCAGGACAGAUGGGACCGCCGGGGCCUGCAGGGCCUCAGGGUUCCAAAGGUGAACGGGGCCAGACAGGAGAGAAGGGCCCGGUGGGACCACCAGGUCUCACGGGGCCACCGGGGCCACCGGGGCCACGCGGGCUUCCUGGAGAGAUGGGACACCCAGGUCCACCAGGCCCUCCCGGCCCAGCAGGCAGCCCUGGCCUCCUGCCCAACAUUCCGCAGGGCGUCCUGUAUUCCCUGCAAACUCCUGUGGACAAGGAGGAUGGAGACUCCCCGCUGACCCCUGCGGUCGUGGACACCGUGCUGACGGGCAUUCCGGGCCCCCGGGGCCCCCCCGGCCCCCCCGGGCCCCCAGGACCACACGGGCCCCCAGGACCUCCAGGAGCACCUGGAUCACAGGGUCUGGUGGAUGAGCAGGCUGUAGCACAGCCAUCUGGUGAGCCCGGCGUGAGGGGAGGAGAGGCCAGAGCCGCCGCAGAGGGCGAGGGCGUGCAGCAGCUCCGAGAGGCCCUGAAGAUCCUGGCGGAGAGGGUCCUCAUCCUAGAGCACAUGAUUGGCGUGCAUGAUGCGCUGGCCUCCCCCGACGACGGGGCCUCGGGGCAGCAUGCGGCCCUGAGAGCCAACCUCGAGAUGAAGCGGGGUGGGCCUCAGCCCGGAGUCCUGGAGGCCCUGCUGGGCCCUGACCCUGUGCAGAAGAGGGCAGACCAGGCUGCCGACCGGAAGUGAGCGACCCUCUCUCAGAGCAAGCCCCGUGGACAGCGGCAUCCUGAGGGACGAACCAAUCAGAACCGCCAAGUGGGCGAUUCUGAAGGACCCUGGGGGCCUGGGCCCUCGGGGAGAGGUUGUGCCUCCAAGGGGCAAGGCCCAGCGCUGACUAGCAUCCCAAAGGGCCGUUCUCCCCCCCAACCCCUCCCCCCAC